GGCCUUCAGGCUGAGGGCCGGUCUGGCAGGGCAGUGGGCGCCAGCGUGAAGCCGAGCUCCGGGGAGCGGCGAGCUCCGGGGAGCGGUUCCGAGAGGCCCGAGUCCCCAGAAGAGGCCUUGAAGUGAACGGAGACGUAGGGCCGGAGCCGUCUGCUGCUGGGAGAGCCCCCCGGUCCGGCCCGGGAGCUCGGGUUUCCGUUGUGGAGCUCUUGGUUCCCUUUUGGGAAAUUGGACACUCCUCCGGGACUGGGUGAGACAGCUCCCCUCACUUCUGAGGUCGACGUCUGAUAACCUGGGUUACCGCCCGGCGUCAUUUUCUGACAGUAGGUAACUAUAAUUACUCAAUAUUGCAGCCAUGGAGUCCAUGCUUAAUAAGUUGAAGAGUACUGUUACAAAAGUAACAGCUGACGUCACUAGUGCAGUAAUGGGAAAUCCUGUCACUAGGGAAUUUGAUGUUGGUCGACACAUUGCCAGCGGUGGCAAUGGGCUAGCUUGGAAGAUUUUUAAUGGCACAAAAAAAUCAACAAAACAGGAAGUGGCUGUUUUUGUCUUUGAUAAAAAGCUGAUCGACAAAUAUCAAAAAUUUGAAAAGGAUCAAAUCAUUGAUUCUCUAAAACGAGGAGUCCAACAGUUAACUCGACUACGACACCCUCGACUUCUUACUGUCCAGCAUCCUUUAGAAGAAUCCAGGGAUUGCUUGGCAUUUUGUGCAGAACCAGUUUUUGCCAGUUUAGCCAAUGUCCUAGGUAACUGGGAAAAUCUGCCUUCUCCUGUGUCUCCAGACAUUAAGGAUUAUAAACUUUAUGAUGUAGAAACCAAAUAUGGUUUACUUCAGGUUUCUGAAGGAUUGUCAUUUUUGCAUAGCAGUGUGAAAAUGGUUCAUGGAAAUAUUACACCUGAAAAUAUAAUUUUGAAUAAAAGUGGAGCCUGGAAAAUAAUGGGCUUUGAUUUUUGUGUAUCAUCGACCAAUCCUUCUGAACAAGAGCCCAAGUUUCCUUGUAAAGAAUGGGACCCAAAUUUACCAUCAUUGUGUCUUCCAAAUCCUGAAUAUUUGGCUCCUGAAUACAUACUUUCUGUGAGCUGUGAAACAGCCAGUGAUAUGUACUCUUUAGGAACUGUCAUUUAUGCUGUAUUUAACAAAGGGAAACCUAUAUUUGAAGUUAAUAAGCAAGAUAUUUACAAGAGUUUCAGUAGGCAGUUGGAUCAGUUGAGUCGUUUAGGAUCUAGUUCACUUACAAAUAUGCCUGAGGAAGUCCGUGAACAUGUAAAACUACUGUUAAAUGUAACUCCAACUGUAAGACCAGAUGCAGAUCAAAUGACAAAGAUUCCCUUCUUUGAUGAUGUUGGUGCAGUAACACUGCAGUAUUUUGAUACCUUAUUCCAAAGAGAUAAUCUUCAGAAAUCACAGUUUUUCAAAGGAUUGCCAAAGGUUCUACCAAAACUGCCCAAGCGUGUCAUUGUGCAGAGAAUUUUGCCCUGUUUGACGUCAGAAUUUGUAAACCCUGACAUGGUUCCUUUUGUUUUGCCCAAUGUUCUUCUAAUUGCUGAAGAAUGCACCAAAGAAGAAUAUAUCAAAUUAAUUCUACCUGAACUUGGCCCUGUCUUUAAACAGCAAGAGCCAAUACAGGCUAGCAACAUGAUUUUGUUAAUUUUCUUACAAAAAAUGGAUUUGCUACUAACCAAAACUCCCCCUGAUGAGAUAAAGAACAGUGUCCUGCCAAUGGUUUACAGAGCACUAGAGGCUCCUUCCAUUCAGAUCCAGGAACUCUGUCUAAACAUCAUUCCAACCUUUGCAAAUCUUAUAGACUACCCAUCCAUGAAAAAUGCCUUGAUACCAAGAAUUAAAAAUGCAUGUCUACAAACAUCUUCCCUUGCUGUUCGUGUAAAUUCAUUAGUGUGCUUAGGAAAGAUUUUGGAAUACUUGGAUAAGUGGUUUGUACUUGAUGAUAUCCUGCCCUUCUUACAACAGAUUCCAUCCAAGGAACCCGCAGUCCUCAUGGGGAUUUUAGGCAUUUACAAAUGUACUUUCACACAUAAGAAGUUGGGAAUCACCAAAGAGCAGCUGGCUGGCAAAGUAUUGCCUCAUCUUAUUCCUCUGAGUAUUGAAAAUAAUCUUAACCUCAAUCAGUUCAAUUCUUUCAUUUCCGUCAUUAAAGAGAUGCUUAAUAGAUUGGAGUCUGAACAUAAGACUAAACUGGAGCAACUUCAUAUAAUGCAAGAACAGCAGAAAUCUUUGGAUAUAGGAAAUCAAAUGAAUACUUCUGAGGAGACAAAAGUUACAAAUGUUGGGUCUCAGAUUGACAAAGUCUUUAACAGUAUUGGAGCAGACCUCCUGACCAGUGGUGAUGCAGAGCAUAAAGAGGACGUGUUACAGAAUAAACAUAAAAGAGCAUCACUUACACUUGAAGAAAAACAAAAAUUAGCAAAAGAACAGGAGCAAGCACAGAAGUUGAAAAGCCAGCAGCCUCUGAAACCCCAAGUGCACACACCUGUCGCUCCAGUCAAACAGACUAAGGAUUUGACAGACACACUGAUGGAUAAUAACGUGUCAUCUCUGACCAGCCUGUCUGUUAGUAUCCCUAAAAGUUCUGCUUCAAGUACCUUCACCUCCGUUCCUCCCAUGGGCCUUGGCAUGAUGUUUUCCACACCGAUCGAUAAUACAAAGAGAAAUUUGACAAAUGGCCUAAAUGCUAACAUGGGCUUUCAGACUUCAGGAUUCAGCAUGCCCGUUAAUACAAACCAGAACUUCUUCAGUAGUCCAAGCACACCUGGAGUGACCACGAUGCCACUGGGAACACCUUCUGCUUUGCCAAACUUCAGUGCUGUGGGGGUUGCUCCUGCUGGUGGAAAGCAGACUCAACAAAGACCCACAGAUAUGUCUGCCCUUAAUGAUCUCUUUGGCCCUCAGAAACCCAAAGUUAGCAUGAACCAGUUAUCACAACAGAAACCAAGUCAGUGGCUUAAUCAGUUUGCACCUCCUCAAGGGUCUCCUGGUGUGGGCAGUUCAGUAAUGGGAACACAGAUGAACAUGAUGGGACAAUCUGCCUUUGGGGUGCAGGCUAACCCUUUCUUUAGCCCACAGAACUUUGCACAGCCACCAACUACUAUGACCAAUAGCAGCUCAGCUAGCAAUGAUUUAAAGGAUCUUUUUGGGUGAGGUGUAUUGCCCCUAAUUUUGAAGGAUUGCUUCAGUUUUAAUCAUGGGUGAACUGAUUUACAUCUUUAUAUAGGUUGCUUGGAGGAACUACUUCUGUGGGAAAAUGAGUGGCUCUAAGACAGAAAACACCUGUUUCCAUGCCAGCAUAGUGGUUGUAUGGACUUCUAUAAGAGUAGAAAGCAUUUUUAAAGCAUUGAGAAUUUUUUUUUCUCUUACCAUAUUCAAGUUUUUAAAAGACCCAACCUGUAUCUAUCUCAAAGAGAAAAAAAAAGAUGCUCAAGUAUCUUGAAUAGCAGAAUUUUUAAAUCAAAUGUUUAUUUUGCUUGAAAACCUGGUAUUAUUUUAAAAAAUCUAGUUGAUGGUAAUUGCAAUUUUUAUCUAUUAAAUACUACAUGGUACACAGUCUGCCUUCAGAAGCCAUUAGUCUUCAUUUUAAUGUGUGAAAAAUCUUGAUGCUGUAUUGAUUUGUUUGCAUUUAGUAUGACUGAGUGAGAAAAUAAUAAGCAAAACAAGAAAGGGAUCAGGUUACUUGCUUUUUCCAAUCUUCUCAGAUGAACUGAUGUUUAGUAGAAAAGACUGAGCAAAAUUUAACAUAAUGUCGAUUUCAUUGGUUCAAACUAAAGACGUUAUUAACCAUCUUAAAUGCAAAUUAAUCAUUGUAAAUUAUAUUUUAGCAUGGUCUGCCUCAAGUAGUAAUGUUUUUUGUUGUUGGUUUGUUUUUUUUUUUUGCAUUUACUUGGAUAUACUUAGAAUCACUUUUUCCUAUGGUAUCACAGACAGAAGAGGCAUGUACUAGUUUGUACAGAUAUGUGACAAAGCCCUCUGAUGUGAUUUCCCCGACUGCUGCCUUCAUCUUGCGUCUGAAUUCACAAUUCUGAGGUUGCAAUACACAUGAAUUGCAUUUUCAAAAGGAGAUUUGUAAGAAUUAAACUAUAUUUAGUGAGUAAAGUUUUGGGAUUUCUGCUGUAUUGUUUCAAAUGUAAUAAACUUGACUUCUAUAAAAAUGAGCGGUUGUAUCUUCUGGCUACCAAGAGAUCACUUUUGAGCUAACCGUGAUAAAGUCUGACCUCACAACUGAAGUUUACUUCUUUUCUAGUAAUACUUUUCUCUGAUUUGCUGAUACUUCAUUCAAUCACAAAUGGAGCCUUAUGCUAUAAAUGUGAUUUGUAUUUUGUUAAGUUAUAUUCCAUCAUUAUAUGGUAACUUUAAAAUGAUCAUUCAGAGAAAUAUUUAUGUAUUAUAGUUGCUGCCAUAGAGUUUGUGGUUUUUUAAAUACCUGAAACCAGCAAUUAUUUGAAAUAAACCAUAUGCAGUUUAGUGUGCUGAUACUGUCUAUUCAUUGAAAUAUAUAUGUAUGCAUACAGUAAAUUUCUCAUUGACCACACAGAACUUGAUUAUAAAGUGUAAUUUGAUGCUAAUUUUGCUGGCAGCAUUCGGUAAGGGCGUACUUUAAAAAAUACGAAGUCAGCUUUACAUUUGGUUUCUUUACGAGCUGUGUACUUGGUUCUGUGGUUCUAGAGAAAGGACUCGCAGGAUUGCUGAAGAAGCAGCCAAGAAAUGAAAAGCACUGGGAAGAUCAAGUGUUUCGACAAACACAUUCACACCUUGACCAGAUUAUGUCUUGUUUGUAACACAAUAAGAUUUCUCUUGAGAAGAGUUUACAUGGAAUAAAAUGGUUUCAUGUUAAAGAGUUUUUCUUUGUAACAAUUCAGUGGUCACUGCUUAUUAGGAAAUGGCUUUUUAUUUUGUAAAAUACUUUGAUGUCAGUAUGUUGAAUUCUAGUUAGAGGGAAAGCUUCAUGUAAUACAUAUACUUUGAACUUCUAAGUAUAAAAAUAGGUUAUUUGAAAAAAUAUGGUAUAUAAUUCUUAGGUAAUUUGCAUAUCUUGAAAUUUGCUCAUUGAUUGAGGUAUGGUGCUACAUUUUUAGAAAAUUUUUCCCUACACUUUAUUUCCUCAAAGGUAUAUUAUUUAAAUAAUUUUCAACAAUUGAACUGUUACUGUUGCCUUUUUCUGUUGAGAAAUUGCCUCUGGAAAAUAGUUCUAUUUUUAGGCUUGUAUUUCUAUGUGAAGUACUGGAUCACCUUAACAGUUAUUUUAGAUAUUGACAGCAUUUAAGUUCCUUAUGCUUAGAGUAGAACAUUGGUAGGUUGAAAGUACCUGCAGACAAAAAUUACAGGAAAGGUCCCCUUUUAUCUGAAUUGGCUCUUCUAAUACUCAAGUGUGUGAUAUAUGUAGAGGAUGUGUAAAAGGAAAGGGAAAUUGACUGUGUACUUGGUUUGCUUUUUAUUUGGAAUGCUAUGACCCUUCUUUUCCCCUGAACAAGUUAAGGAAGUAGUUUUUUGUUAUGUUUAUUUUUUUUAACCUGUAAAAUACCUCACAUGCUUGCUUUUACAUAUUAAAGGAAAAGUAUAUGUGAAAGUACCUGACAGCAAGCACAGAGUAUGCACCAAAUAAAUUUUAGCUUUGAUAAACCAU